AUGCCGUUGGUAUCGUAUGAAGACGUGAAAGUAGACGUUCCUAUCGACGUAACGGGCAUUCACUUUGAGUUCAUGAAUGGAUCACUUACAAUUCAUUGUCGGGACUUUACAGGGGACAUUGUCUUGUCAAAACGAGAUAUCACAAGUGACAAGACAAUCACGUCGUAUUCAAGUAAGAAACGCCCGACCAUUGACUCAAGUGCCAGUGAUGAUGACGACGAUGAAGAAGCUGUUAAACGGCUUCGACCGAAUUUUCUCAAUGAGGUGGAGCAGACAUUGCUGCUUGCUCAAUUGAAUGGUUCUCAGAGCUCAAGCAGCUACGAGACUGAGAGUAAAAGGAACAGGCUGAAGAAGGUGCAAGGGGAGGAAGCUAGUGGAGCACACAAGGAUAUGCAGUCGGUUGAUUCUGCUGAAGCUUUGGAAUCGACGAGGAUUGACAGUGUGAAAACGGAGAAGAAGACACCAACGAAAACGAGCAAGACGAUAGCGAAGAGUGUGAAGAAAGGAGCGGAUGCUUUCUUUUCACCUUCACUCGACCUCAUGCACUCGACUUCACGCAAGACAACACCCGACUCUAGCAAAAAACAAAACAAAACACUCAAGUCACGAGCUGAGCCUCCGUCGGGUAAAUCCAUCAAGGAACUAAUGAGUGGCUCGCCGAAACGGAAGCCAGAAGCAGACCAUGAAUGUUGUGUAGCUGUCAUCAAGUGGGAGUUGGUGGAGUCCACAGGAAGCAGUCCAGCUGAGCGAUGGGGUCAUUCCACCACCAAGAUUUCAAAUGAGCGCGUAGUGGUAUACGGUGGAACUGAUGACGAUGAGCGAACGCUAGGGGACUUGCACGUGUUUGACAUGAAAACACACCGCUGGACGACUCCACUCAACUGUGAAACAAUCACACGCACGUGGCAUGAUGCAGUAUUUCUAUCUUCAAAGAAUUUACUGCUUGUCUUUGGGGGUGAGCGCAAUGCAGCUGCUGAAGGCAAGGUCGACAUCCUUGCAGACAUCAUGGUGCUAGACACAGAGUGCUUCUUGUGGUAUCCACCAGCUAUUCGUGGAUCACCUCCUUCGGCAAGAAGUGGACACACUUGCACUGCUAUUGGAAACGAGGUGGUAGUUUUUGGCGGCAGCGGAGGACGAAACCGGAAAAGUGCAGUGCACAUUUUGGAUAGUGAUGACUGGAAUUGGAAGACAGUGAAAGUGGAUGGCAAGGCUCCUACCGCGUGCACAUACCACAGUGCCGUCGCCGUAGGUGAUGACAAGAUCGUAUACUUUGGAGGCAAUGACUCUUCCAAAAGCUUCAACGAGGUGCACGUAUUGCAAAAGGUGGAGAAAAGAGCAAACGAUGCAGUGUGGAGAUGGUUCCAUCCUUGCGUAGUUGGCGUUCCUCCACAAGAACGUACAGGUCACUCUGCGACGCUCUUAAAUGACGGCAAGAUUCUCAUUUUUGGUGGAUGGGAUCCGCAGCGCGAUGACGCUAGUGCGCCUACAAGCGUAUUCAGCGAUUCAUUUUUGUUAGACACAAAGUCGUGGGAGUGGCAGCCCGCUCCCUUCACCGACGAAGGAAGUGCCGAGAGUGCGUUACGAGGGCGUGUGGGACAUGGUGCUGUGAUACACAGCGAUGGGCGUGUGCACAUUUUUGGUGGCCAGGAUGGUGCCGAACACCGGCUCAAGGACAUCUGCACGUUUACGAUCUCGCAAGACUAG